AUGACUGGGCCGGCAUCGCCAAGCACAGAAGGUCCUACCUUUGCGCCCCCUCAGUUACCUCCCGGCUGGAUCGCGCAGUGGGACUCGUCCAGCAGAAAGUACUACUACGUCCAGCUCGCCACCGGCGUCUCCCAGUGGGAGAUACCUACCGAAGCCGCCAAAACCGGCAGCACCCCCGCGCAGCAGGAAGAUCACCCAGGCAUGGGCGACGGCCCUUCGGGGGAUCGUGGCCUUGGCUCCAUGGCGAUGAACGCUCUUCUCGGUGGCAAACAAGGUGGUGGUGGUAGUGGCGGCGGCGGCGGCAUGGGCAACCUCGGUAGCCUCGCGAACCAAUUCCUCGGCGGCGGCAGCGGAGGUGGUGGCGGCAAGACCUCGUCUGGUCUCGGCGGCAAACUCGUCGGUCAGCUUGCCUCGAACCUAUUUUCACCUUCAGAGAAGCCCGAGGCGCCGUCAAACUACCACGGCGGCCAAAACUCAAACGCGUCAUCGCACCAGCAGGGCGGCCUCGCCGGUGCCGUCAUGGGUGGCGUGGCCAGCAUGUUCGGCGGUCAGCACUCCUCCGGUAACCAGAACUUUGGAUACUCCAACACCGGCACCGGCGGUACCUACUCCUCCAGCAGCCCCGCGCCGACCUACAACCCGCCGGGUUCGAACCACAACGUCUCCAGCUCCAACCAAGGCUCGGGCUCCAACCACGGCAGUCAAACGACACAUGGAAGCGCCUCGCAAAGCCACUCUUUCUCGGAGAAGCCAUCGCACCAAUCCAGCCAAUACAGCGACGGCAGCUACUCUCAGCAGCCCCCCAGCUACAGCAGCCAGUCACAGCACGGCAGUCAGCACAGCUACGGCGGCGACCAGCCCAACUACUCGAGCCAGUCCAACUACAACCAGUCGUCCCACGGCGGCCAAGGACACAACUACAGCGGCUCGCAUGGCGGUCAGCAGCAUGGAGCACAACAGUACGGGAGCCAUGGCCAGCAGCACGGCGACGGAUACAACUCUGGCAACCAGUACGGCGGGCAGCACAACCAGUAUGCAGGCGGGGGCGGAGGCGGAGGCUACCAAGGCCAGAGUCAGGGCUAUGGCGGCGGUCGUUACUAG